CUUUUGCUCACUUUUUGUAAGCGUUGUUGUUUUUAAAUAAUUGAGUUUUGAAGUCUCCUUUUUGGUUAGGUAUUGGUUGUUGAAGUGAGUAAAAAUGCUAAAACUUAAAUGGUUAAAGUGAUAAUAUGUUAUAAUUUCAGGUUAAUUUCAAGGUCAUUCCAUUCGUGGUUAUAUUUUACAUCUCAACUGAAAAUUAACUAUUCGCAGAUUCAAAAAUGAGUGCUAACGAAAAGAAGAUGCCUGGGACUGGAUUGGAAGACAUCGGAGUGCCGGGACAAAUGUUCCUUCGCGAUGCUCUCACUAGCUGCACCGAUCCGCUCAAAGCAAUCGAGGAGUUUCAGUUGGAAAAUGGAAUUCUUCUGCCGUCUCUGAGACAAAUGCUGCCUUUGCUGGACCUUCACGGAGUCAGGAGGUUAGACUUCCACACAUCAGUAAUGGAGGAAAUAAGAGAAAGACUUAUUCAGCACAUCAAUGACAUAGGCCAGAAGGAAGGCAGGGAACGGGACAAGAAGUUGAAGGAAUUGUUGUCGAAAAGUUUUCCCCUGGUGAAGGUGAAACCACUGAGACCAGUUGUAAUGGCCAUCCUACGUAACACAACACACAUAGAUGAUAAAUACCUGCGGGUAUUGGUAAGGGACCGAGACUUGUACAAUGACACGGACACCGAAGUGAAGCGUCAGAUCUGGAAGGACAACCAAUCUCUGUUUGGAGACGAGGUGUCACCGCUGCUGUCGCAAUACAUCAAAGAGAAAGAAAACGUCUUGUUUGACCACAACAACUUGACCAACCUGUUUUUCACACCGUCACCAAAGCUGAGGAGACAGGGAGACGUUGUUCAGAAGUUGGCUCACAUGAUCGGCAACAGUGUGAAACUCUACGACAUGGUAUUACAGUUUUUGCGCACGUUGUUUCUGCGCACACGCAAUGUUCACUACUGCACUCUGCGCGCUGAACUGCUCAUGGCUCUGCAUGAUCUGGAAGUUCAGGACAUUAUAUCAGUCGAUCCUUGUCACAAGUUUACGUGGUGCCUCGAUGCUUGCAUUCGGGAGAAAAAUGUGGACAUCAAACGAUCUAGAGAACUUCAGGGAUUCCUGGACAGCAUUAAGCGAGGUCAAGAACAGGUCCUGGGCGAUCUUUCCAUGACCUUGUGUGACCCUUACGCCAUCAACUUCCUCGCCACCUCCGCCAUGAAGAUACUGCAACAUCUCAUCAACAACGAGGGGCUGCCCAGGGAAAACACCAUCCUUAUCUUGCUUUUAAGGAUGCUGGCUUUGGGGCUCAGUGCUUGGGUCAUGAUCGAUUCUCAGGAGUUUAAGGAACCUAAGCUGGACUCCCAAGUUGUCACUAAGUUCCUGCCUGCCCUCAUGUCUCUGAUAGUCGACGACCAAGUCAGAUCACUCAAUUCUAAACUGCCUCCUGACGAGAGGGAGUCCGCCAUCACUAUCAUUGAACAUUCAGGUCCGCCACCUGAUGCCUGCCAGGCCUAUGUUCAGGAGAGCUCAGUAGCCAGUAUCAUAGCUAUGUACUACACUCUACAGACAGCCAAGCAGAGAGACAGGAUAGGACUGAUGAGAGUGCUAGGCACUCUGGCCACCUGUGAUAGCGACCGAGCCUUCGAAGACCCCUUCCUACACUUCCUGAUAUCCUUAUUGAUCCACAUGGGAGACGAGUUCUCCACUGAAGACUUCUGCACUGUGAUAUUCGACGAGUUCUUCUACGCAGGUAUCAGCCGAGAGAAUGUGGUGAGACACAUGUUGAAGCUGCUGUGGUACGUUUACCCCAAGUUGUCCAGCACUCGGCUACAUGCUAUCAUGAAGGUGUUACAGCCUAACGCACAGCACAAUGACGCGGUCCACUCACUGUACAAGCAGCUGACAGAGAAGAUAGGCAGCGAGCAAGAGCCUCCUGCUAUACCUGAGAACUUGGACUAUCUAGAGUCACCACUGAUGUCUGUGCCUACUCCUGCGCCCAUCUCAUAGACUGAAGAGUAAUCUCUGCUCCUGAUCUCAGGCACAACCAGGCCGGGGGUGCCAAGGGCUGCUGUAGCACUUCCCCAGCAAAAAGGGGGUCGUGAGAAUAUUUUUUUUCACAAAAAUAAAGCAGCUUAAUACUUUUUCCAAAUUAAUAUUUCUCUAGAGUGGAACUUUAAAACAAAACUUAUCAAAACAAAAUUGUAAAAAUUUUUGGAAAUAUAGCGCCCUAAAUAAUUUCCUCUGUGGGCUAUAGCACAGACAGCCCAUAAUACAAAUUGGGACCUGGUUACUCAAUAUGUGCCAUUCAACAAUGUAAAUAUUGUAAAAAUAUUUUUCUUGUUUUAAAAAACACGUUAUAUGAGUAAAUAAAAUAUUAUUUUAAUGUUUGAAAA